UCGGGAUGCGUGUGGAGUCCAAGACACAGGGACACGGCAAGUGGCACGCGGUUGGAACAUUCAAAACUCCGAAACAUACCCCACGGUAAAGACGGUUGGAACAGUCAGGUCUCUCUCCCCUUCCCGAUCGUUGUGCCCUGAGUUUCUCUCUUAUCUUGACAAUCAAUCACUUCCUCAAUAUUACACUGGAUCUGAGAUUCUAAUGGUGGAGCAUUCAUUAAUACUAAGGAUUGAAGGAAGGAAAGAAACAUGUGGAGAUGGUCGUGUGUUUUAAGGCAGGGAUUGUCAGCGGCCGUUAGGUAUGGGAAUGGAAAUGGCGGAAAGCCAGCUUUCGGAUCCUGCGUUCUCUUACCCAAAGUUAUGGUGUCAAUGUUGUCGUCCACGGCACCACCGCCGCCGCCACCUCCCGCUUCUUCGUCGCCCAGCUUCGCGUCAGGAGAUCCGAUAUCCUUCGCCGAGGCAAAGAAGCUAAUGAGACUCGUGAAUGUGGAGGCGCUGAAGAUGAAGCUGGGAAUGGAAGGGAAAGAGGUGAUUUGCUAUUCUGAGCUUCUCGAUGCCUGCGAGAGCAUGGGCGUGGCAAGAUCGCUUGAUGAGGCUGCCGCUUUUGCCCGUGUCCUUGACGAGGCAGGCAUCGUCCUUCUCUUCAGAAACAAGGUGUACCUACAUCCGGACAAGGUUGUGGAUCUGGUUAGAAGAGCAAUGCCCUUGGCCCUAGCACCAGAAGAUGACCCUAGGAGGGAUGAACUGAAAAGGCUGCAGGAGAAGAAGGAAGAAAUUGACAGGCUGGCACAUAAGCAGGUCCGUCGUAUCCUCUGGUCAGGUCUGGGGUUGACUAUGGCACAAGUCGGACUGUUCUUUCGGUUAACAUUCUGGGAAUUCUCAUGGGAUGUCAUGGAGCCCAUUGCAUUUUUCACAACCACCGCAGGUAUAAUUGUAGGUUAUGCUUACUUCCUGAUCACUUCAAAUGACCCCACAUACCAAGACAUGGUGAAAAGGCUCUUCCUCUCAAGGCAGAGGAAGCUGUUCAAGAAGCACAAUUUUGAUAUUGACAGAUUUUUGGAAUUACAAAAAACAUGCAAGUCGCCACUAGAUGUCUCUGCCUAUGUCAAAAGUCGCAGGACAGAACUAGAGGACGCUUUACAUGGGAAUUAAUACCCCCUCUGUCAUCGUUUUUUGUCUUUCUAUCUUCAUAAUCUUUCCAUUUCCUUUUGCUGUGGAUGUUUUUGAAAUCUUGCAUUAGAAUUUAUCUUAUUUUCCAU